UUAGGUGCUCAUAAAAUCCACAACACCAGGCGCGAAAAAAGAGAAAACUGUCAGAACCUGUGUUUUCACUGUUCAAGACAUUUUGGACUCGUUUUAUUUAGCUGUUGUUUGGUUCUGUGUGUUUAUCGAGAGGCAUCAUGUUUAUUUCCUCACAAAAUACACCGCCGUGCUUUAAAGACUUCACCCUGGUGAUGCCAGCCGUGGCCGUUGGUAAUGUGGGCCAGCUGGCAGUUGACCUGAUUGUGAGCACCCUCAAUAUGAGCCGAGUGGGCUACAUGCACACAGACUGUCUCGUCCCCAUGGUGGGAAACAACCCGUACACCACCUGCAAAGAAGAUGCUGAUGAGUUACACACAUCUGCAGAAGUAUACACAGCAGCAGAAACGAAGCUGGCAGUUCUUCAGAUCAGGUCGCCAAUUAUUCAGAAUAAAGCUAAAACGUUUCGCCAGUUGCUUGUGUCUUGGAUCAAAACCAGUGGAUUCUCCAGGACAAUCGUCCUGUCCAGCAGCCACGCCUAUCAAAGAGACGACCAGCAGCUGCAAGGAACUCCUCUGAGGUACCUGAUCACACCGGCCCUGCUGAAGCUGUGUGAGGGAGAGGUGAAGGAGCUGGCCUGGAAGGAAAUGGAGCAGGUGCCACCCUUCCCGGGAAUCACAGAUGCCAACAUAGAGUCUCGAUUCUCCAUCCCUGGAGGCGGUAUCACCAAAGGCCUCUUUACAGACAGUUGCGCAGAGGAUUUGCCACUGGCCGUGCUUCUGCUUUUCUGCUCAGAAGGCAACAAUAUCCCAGAAGCCUUCGCCCUCGUCAACCACGUCAAUGACUGGCUCCAUCUGCUGGACAAUCCUAGGCAAGGACCAAACCAGUGGAGGAUUCCAAGUUCUUGGAAGCUUCUUUUUGGCAGUGGCAUCCCUCCAGCACUCUUCUAACAGUUUCCAGGUUAUAAUUCACUUCCUUACAAUGCAGAAAACUCAAAGCAGCAAAACACAUGUUGACUUUGACUUUUAGUUGUGUUGUUCAGCCAUGGUGUGUGUUUUCAGGCCUUCAUCACUGUUUGGCUUGAUAUGUGGUGAGUGAGGACGGCUUCCUAAAGGAAAAAUCCAGGAAGUCACAGUCUGGUUUAAAAACAACAAAACAGCGUCAUGAUGAUUAUUUGCAGUCACGUGAUCAUUUGUGUUGGAUGAACCUGAUUCAUGACUGCAAGCGGACCACACACAGAAGAAUCCCAUACUGCACUGGCAACAUUGUAACAUUUAGAUGUACGUACAAACAUUAGCUCAAAUUCAGGAAUAAAUUCAAAUGUGCACUUAGGGAAUAUAGUGCUGUCAUCAUACAGUAUCUGUUUGCUUGUGUUCCUAAUAAAUAUUUGUACAAUAAAAUCCAUAGUGAAUGUUUC